CACAGCGAAACGAAGAACACCCAAAAGCACUGCCAUGGUUUCAAACGCCGUCGUUUCACACUCCAUCUUUCUACUAAUUUUCUUCUGUUCUUCAGCAAUCUGCAUCCCCGACUCUAAUCAAACUAUGUUUCCAAUGAUAUGUUCAACCAUAAUGAAAUGCGACGCGUCGUUAUAUCACAUCAACAACGGCCAGCAGACGAAAAGCGAAAUCUCCGCCGCGUACUCCGUCAAUCCAUGGCAGAUUCAGCCGAUUCAACGCGGAGGCGUGCAAGACUACCUAAUUACCGUACCGUGUUCAUGCGAAUCGGCGGACGGCGUAUCCGGAACGGCGUAUUUUCACGACACGUCGUUCAGAGUAGGAACCGGCGACUUCUUGAGCGAUGUGUCGAAUCGAAAUUACAGCGGACAGGUGUGGAUAUUCGGCGAUCCGUUGCUUGUUGCUGGAGAGGAAUUUGGGGUGAAAUUGUUGUGUGGAUGUGUAGAAGAUGAGUCGAAGAUUGUGGUGAGUUACACGGUUCAGUCGCGUGAUACGUUGUCGCAAAUCGCUAGUUUGUUAAGAGCUGAUGCGACCGCAAUUCAUAAUUUGAAUGCAAAAUUGAUUGAAGACCCUGCCUUAAUUGUUCCCAAUUGGGUUUUGUUUGUGCCGAUGUUCAAGAAUGCGUACCAAAAUACCAAAGGACCGACAAAGAAACAUGUGUGGACAAUAGUUAUUGCAAUAUUAGCUACUUUGACAGUAGUUUCACUGGGAACAUUGGCUGUCAUUUUUAUAAGGAGAAAAUUAAAAAAGUCAAAGCAAAACAACGACCCCCAAAAUUCAAGGGCACCUUCCAGGAGUUUCAGUACUUUCGGAACCUCCAGCUUCCAAUAUCCCUUCUCGAAGCCCAAAUCGGAAGCCCAGAAAAGGUCAUUCAGACAAGAUGUUUCAGCCUUUGAAUCCGAAAAAACUUUGAUUUUUACCGUUGAGGAGAUCCAAGAGGCUACGGCUAACUUCGAUGAAUCUCGCAAGAUCGGAGAGGGUGGAUAUGGAAUUGUUUACCAUGGAGUAUUGAAUCAACAGGAGGUUGCAAUUAAGAAAAUGAAAUCUAAUAAAUCCAAAGAGUUCUUCGCAGAAUUAAAAGUCCUGUGUCGGAUCCAUCAUAUUAAUGUGGUGGAGCUUCUGGGGUAUGCCAGCGGGGAUGACCAUUUGUAUUUAGUUUAUGAAUAUGUUCCUAAUGGAUCCUUGAGUGACAAUCUUCAUGAUCCACUAAAAAGAGGUUAUCAACCUCUGUCGUGGACCACAAGAACGCAAAUAGCUUUGGAUGCUGCAAAGGGUAUCGAGUACAUUCACGAUCAUACUAAAGCACGAUAUGUUCAUCGGGACAUAAAGACGAGUAAUAUCCUCUUUGAUGAAAGUCUGGGAGCAAAGGUUGCGGAUUUUGGACUGGUAAAGUUAGUCGGACGGACGAACGAUGACGAACUCGUAGCAACCCGACUAGUCGGAACUCCGGGCUACCUUCCUCCCGAAUCUGUAAAAGAGUUGCAAGUGACCCCCAAAACGGACGUAUUUGCGUUUGGAGUGGUUUUGGCUGAGCUGAUUACCGGGAGAAGAGCUCUGAUUCGAGACAACCAAGAGCCAAAGAGAACCAAGUCGCUAAUCACGCUUAUUUACACGAUAUUCCAAGGGGAAAACUCUGAGGCUGCUUUGGAGGCUGUCGUGGAUGGAAAUUUGCAUGGAAGCUACCCGAUGGACGAUAUUUAUAAGAUGGGGGAAAUAGCGGCAUGGUGUUUGAACGAAGAUCCGGUGGGGAGGCCGGAGAUGCAUGAAAUUGUUGCUUUGCUGUCGCAGCUUAUGACGUCUGCCGUCGAGUGGGAGGCGUCACUGGGCGGUAACAGCCAGGUUUUCAGUGGCCUCUUCACUGGGAGAUGAUCCACAAUUUAAACUCAAAUUCCAUGUUUACCCUUUU